AUGGCCGGCGCUUCGACAAUCCUGCCGCUGGAGCUGGUGGACCGCUGCAUUGGCAGCAGCAUCUGGGUCGUGAUGAAGACGCAGCGUGAGUUUGUGGGAACUCUGCUGGGCUUUGACGACUACGUCAACAUGGUGCUCGAAGACGUCACGGAAUAG